GAACAAAGAGAGUACAUUGACCCAUCGGAUAGUGACACUCUGUUGUGACAAUAUACUAAGUGAUAUUAAACCAUGUUGAAUGAUUUAGGAGAAGUUUCCCAUUGCUGUGCAGGUUACUCGAUUGUUGGAGCCAUCUUUACCGUGAGUUGAGGUUGAAUGGGAAGACCAUGGGGAGCCUCUGUUUUCCGAGAAAUCGUUCGCUGCCUACAAUAGUCAGGAUUGAGGAUGGAUGAUUGGAUCAAUUUUUUUGCCAGAUAGGCUGCGUGACAUGGUGUUUGGAGUGGAAGUGAGACCUUGAGAGAAGUCCUUUGCUACGAAUAGUCUAAUGAUGAACGGAAACCGUCAGUCAUCAUUUUCUAUUCUGCAUUCGAGUCGGUGCUCGUUAUUGUGAAUCAGGCUGAURAAUGGAAAUGACGAAUCGAUAUUGCACGAGGGCGCUGUCCCAUAUCUGAAUAUACAAUAGAUUUGUCUCUACUUAGACGAAGCGGGAGGAGCGCCAGCAGACAUUUUCAUUGGAGUACUGAAGCUAGGAACUUAUUUUGUCCGCUCACUCGUUCUUUGCAUYUUUUUCAUUCGCAGCUUUGGGUAGGAAUAAUGCUCACAACACAACCUUUCUUCGUUGCGGGAAUAGAAGAUGUAGAAGUGGCUGCACAGUCUGCGUAUGGGGCCUUUUCCAUGUUUAUGUUCGUCUUCGUCAUUUCUGCUAUCGGUAUGUGGUACGAUUCUAAUUUUGGAAAGUCGUCGUCAGAAGACGAAAGAGAGGCCGACUACCAACUUGCUGGAGGACAAGAAUUCCCCAACUACGGUGCAUCAAACUAASAAACAUUAAAAGACCAGCACACCAUCGAAUCGGGCGCUGUUGGGGAUUAGUUUGUGAAAAGAUGAUGAUAGAUUCAUUCAUCAUUGUGUAUUAUACAGAUAAYUAGAAUUUAAAUUUAUCCGACA